GGCUCAGGCGGAUCGGUUUCUCGGGGUUUGACCAGCUGUCCCGGGCUAACCCUGCUCCUCGCUGAAGAUGGAGGAAGUAAAAACAGGAUUACCCUUAGCUACAGAUCCACUGCCUUAGUUUCCACCACCAACUGCAGUGCACAAACACACGUUAGGCACAGGAAAGAAAGAAAAAGAGAGGACACACUAACAGUAAACACAAACAAAAGGGUGAUGGGAUUAUUUUACUGCAUGCACUGCUGAGCCCGACAUUGUCACCUCCUCUUUGAGGGGUUAGAAGAAGCUGAGAUCUCCCGACAGAGCUGGAAAUGGUGAUGAAUCUUUUUUAAUCAAAGGACAAUUUCUUUUAACAUGAUGAACCAACUUGCAACAAUUGUGAAUAGAGCUAUCUGUAUACUCGGGAAGUCCUCAAACUGCAGCUUGAUUGUAGGAAGUAGUGAAUGGUAAAAUACUUCAAUCCCAGUGAAAGCUGGCACAUUUGAGGUGUACCCCCUUACUAUUUUUUUUUCUUUCAACCAGCAUUGCACUUUGACUAUGGAAACAGAGGCUAUUGAUGGCUAUUUAACGUGUGACAAUGAGCUUUCACCUGAAAGGGAGCACUCCAAUAUGGCAAUUGACCUCACCUCAAGCACACCCAAUGGACAGCAUGCCUCCCCAAGUCACAUGACAAGCACAAAUUCAGUAAAGCUAGAAAUGCAGAGUGAUGAAGAGUGUGACGGGAAACCCCUGAGCCGAGAAGACGAGAUCAGGGGCCAUGAUGAGGGUAGCAGCCUAGAAGAACCGCUAAUUGAAAGCAGCGAGGUGGCAGACAACAGGAAAGUCCAGGAGCUUCAAGGCGAGGGAGGAAUCCGGCUUCCGAAUGGUAAACUGAAAUGUGACGUCUGUGGCAUGGUUUGCAUUGGGCCCAAUGUGCUUAUGGUACAUAAAAGGAGUCACACUGGUGAACGUCCCUUCCAUUGUAACCAGUGUGGAGCUUCUUUUACUCAGAAGGGCAACCUUCUGAGACACAUAAAGUUACACUCUGGAGAGAAGCCGUUCAAAUGUCCUUUCUGUAGCUAUGCCUGUAGAAGAAGGGACGCCCUCACAGGACACCUCAGGACCCACUCUGUGGGUAAACCUCACAAGUGCAACUACUGUGGACGAAGCUACAAGCAGCGUAGUUCACUGGAGGAGCACAAGGAACGCUGCCACAACUAUCUCCAGAAUGUCAGCAUGGAGGCUGCCGGGCAGGUCAUGAGUCACCAUGUACCUCCUAUGGAAGAUUGUAAGGAACAAGAGCCUAUCAUGGACAACAAUAUUUCUCUGGUGCCUUUUGAGAGACCUGCUGUCAUAGAGAAGCUCACAGGGAAUAUGGGAAAACGUAAAAGCUCCACUCCACAAAAAUUUGUGGGGGAAAAGCUCAUGCGAUUCAGCUACCCAGACAUUCACUUUGAUAUGAACUUAACCUAUGAGAAGGAGGCUGAGCUGAUGCAGUCUCAUAUGAUGGACCAAGCCAUCAACAAUGCAAUCACCUACCUUGGAGCUGAGGCCCUUCACCCUCUGAUGCAGCACCCGCCAAGCACAAUCGCUGAGGUGGCCCCAGUUAUAAGCUCAGCUUAUUCUCAGGUCUAUCAUCCAAAUAGGAUAGAAAGACCCAUUAGCAGGGAAACCUCCGAUAGUCAUGAAAACAACAUGGAUGGGCCUAUCUCUCUCAUCAGACCAAAGAGUCGACCCCAGGAAAGAGAGGCCUCUCCCAGCAAUAGCUGCCUAGAUUCUACUGACUCAGAAAGCAGCCAUGAUGACCACCAGUCCUACCAAGGAAACCCUGCCUUAAAUCCCAAGAGGAAACAAAGCCCAGCUUACAUGAAGGAGGAUGUCAAGGCUUUGGAUGCUACCAAGGCUCCUAAGGGCUCUCUGAAGGACAUCUACAAGGUCUUCAAUGGAGAAGGAGAACAGAUUAGGGCCUUCAAGUGUGAGCACUGCCGAGUCCUUUUCCUAGACCAUGUCAUGUACACCAUUCACAUGGGUUGCCAUGGCUACCGGGACCCACUGGAAUGCAACAUCUGUGGCUACAGAAGCCAGGACCGUUACGAGUUUUCAUCACACAUUGUUCGAGGGGAGCACACAUUCCACUAGGCCUUUUCAUUCCAAAGGGGACCCCUAUGAAGUAACAAACUGCACAUGAAGAAAUACUGCACUUACAAUCCCACCUUCCUCAGAUGUUGACAUAUUUUAAAAAAUAUAUUAUUACUGUCAUUAAUUCUUAUUUUGUGAGACACAGUGUCAUUUGCUCUGCCUAAUUACAAUAAGGAAGAAACA